AUGGGGAUCGCCCGGACCUUCUUCGGCUACCGCCGCGAGCACGGCGCCAGGACCACGCAGCAGGCCGAGGUCGCCGCGGCCUGCUUUCUCCUGGCGACGGAGCUCAACGACGAGCCGGUGCCGCUGCCCGAGCUCCGCGUCUUGGACCCGUCUUUGAAGAACGUCGAGCAGUCCCGCGGCGAGGUCGUGGCGGAUACCAAAAUGGCGGAAACGGAGAAGCGCCUGCGGGCGCGCUUCGCGGGGAACCUCCUGCGGCAUUACAUCCGCCUGCUCCACCUCCAGACGAGCCGCUACGAGCCGGUCUGCCAGGCCCUGCUGCGGGUCCUGACGGAGGCCCAAAGGCCGUUGGGCGAGCUCGGCCAGCUCACGGAGGUGGAUCGCGUCUUCGCGGCCGUCCUGCUCGCCCGCACGGAGGACGGCCUGAAGUGGGAGGGAAAGCCGCUCUACGACCCGGCCCGCGAGCUCGCGCCGGCGACCGCCUAUUCCAGCUUCGCGGCGAGCGCCCACCUCGACGAGCAGCGCGUGCACCGCGUAAUGCAGGUCGUCCGGCGGGAGUUGGAGGCGAUACGCGCUCGCUUUGCGGCGAUCCAGGCCUCCGGCAAGCCGUUCAAGGCGGAAAAGUCGGAAUCCAUGGAGGAUACGACCGCCGCGGAUGGGCAUUCCACCCAAGAGUUGUUUGGGCUUAAACGUCCGCGUCCUUCAUAA